AUGUCUACUACUUGGUUGCGACCAGAACAGACCACCGAGACUAAAGUAGCGGUAUUACGGAUCCGCAGCUGGACUCUGGAAUCAUUAUUGUGCCACCAUAAUGAUUGUGCUGCCGCUUUUAAGCUGCCGCCUAUCCGUCAAAAAAAAAGAACACCAACCUUUCAAAACUCGAGGGACGGACAAUCCGAGAAACAGUCGAGCACCGUACGCGUUUGGUCGCACCGACAACUUCGCGGACGCUCGUGGAAGGCGGCAACUUUCGACACGGUGGAGUCGCCGCGACCGCAUCCAAAGGCGGCCGCUUGCCAACUGCCAGUGCAUGCACAGUGCAGGCGGAGACUUGUGCAUCGAUUCUAUACGAACGUA